AUAUAUAUAUAUAUAUAUAUAUAUAUAUAUAUAUAAAAAUUAAAUUUAUGUAAUUUAAUAAUUAUAAUUUCUAUGAUUUUUAGCAAUUAAAUUUUCAGAUCACAAAUAACAAACAUAUGUUUUAAAUAAAAUUAACAAAAAAUUCAAUAAAAUGACCAUGAACACAAUAAAGUAGAAAUAUGUGUGAAAAUGUUCUUUGUUUUCCCUUUUGAAAUGAAAGUAGAAGUAUCAGAAAUCUAAUAAUUAAAUUUGCAUACAUUAACUUUGAUAUUAAUGCUCUUAAUAACACAGAAAAUGAAUAAAGCAAAGAAGAUAAAUCUGAAGAAAGAAAUUCCUCGAAAGGCAACCAAGACAGAUAAACUUAUUAAGGCAGUGCUACUUGUCAUGGUGGCCGCACUGGGUGUCUACACCUGGAAUAAAAUUGUUGCAAGGUUUUCUGAUUCAACUAUUGUAACGAAAAUGAAUAAUGUGGCAGAAGACACUUGGACAAAUGUGAAAGUUAAUCCUAAGUAUUUGUCUGACAAAACAAUUGAGAAUCUUCUGAUGUCAGGUAUAUCAUGAUGAAGUGAAAUAUUAUUCAAAUACUGUUUUAAUAAUGAAAUAAAAGAAAAGGGUUU